CAAGAACAGUCAGAAAACGGGUCACAACAUGGACGCAGCGGCACUUCAGCUUUUUGACAUAUCGAAAUACCUCGAUCGGCAUUGCAUCAACAUUCUUGACGAGUCCGACGAGGUUUUGAAUCCUAAGUAUCAGGUCCAGUACACGUUAGGAAGUCACCUUCCGACGCACGGCGGCGUCGAGCGUUGGAAAAUCAUUGCCACCGUCUUGAAGAUAGCAUCUGACGUUGCGAACAAAAUGAGGGCUGAUGAAACAUUCGACGCCGACGUGAUCGAACUCGUUGGUGCGAAAGUGUCUCCGCAGGUCGAAACGAAGGCGUUUUUUCGUCCGAUACGGCUUCUGGAUCAUGAACGGCAGGCCGCCGCCUAUGAGAACAUGAAGGCGCGAGUCGUGAAGUGCGUUACAGAGAUGUAUCAGGAAGGACUGUCUUCGGAGGAAAAACGAGCAUGGACCCGUGUUGUUUUGUUUGCCGACACGGACAAGGGAGAGUCGCUCAGCAAGCUGAGCGAGUCGCACAAGAACCAAGCGCUCCUUAUGCGUGGUUUGCUCUCCCAUGAGAUCUUGCGCAAGGUUCUCACGAAGCGCUUCCGCGUCAACUAUGGCGCUCACCCACAGCGGCCUGGAUGUCGUAUGGCUGUACCCUACACCGCGAAGGACGUCGCUGCGCCGCGAACCGAGUUCCAGCAGCCGGACUUGGCGAUUGCUUUGACGUUCUUGACAUACUACCA